ACAUAAAGAGGUGAUUAAGGGCUUGGAAAAAGAGAUUGCUAAUUUGACCACUUCACUAGAGAAUCAGUCACUUUCUUUGUUUGCUAGCAUUGAGAAUGAAUUAACAAAGGUGAUAAUGGAGAGAGACCAACUACAUGAAGAAGUUUGUAUCUUGAAUGAUAAGCUUGAGAUGGCUUCUUCAUUGGCUGAUGAAAAGGAAGCUAUUGCUAUGGAAGCUCGUCAGGAAUCAGAGUCAUGUAAGCUUUAUGCUGAGCAAAAGGAAGAGGAAGUCAAGAUUCUGGAACAUUCUGUUGAGGAGCUUGAGGGUACAAUAAAUGUAUUGGAGGAAAAGGUGCAUGAUAUGGAUGAGGAGGUGGGCAGACAUCGUUUACUCAAUGAUUCUCUAGAAAUGGAACUUCAAGCGUUGAAAGAGAGAUUAUUGUUAGUUAAAAAUGUACCUUGGCAUGCACAUUCAGAUAACAAAAGUGUUAAUCCUGAUGAGCUGAUAUCUAGGCAACUACCCACUAAAAUGUUGGAACUUCAUGAGGCACUAAAUCGGAUAAAGUUUCUUGAAAAUGAAAAUGCAGAGCAAGAUAAGGAGAUUAAAAAGUAUCAAGAGUACAUCUCUGAACUUGUAUUGCAUGCUGAAGCUCAAGCGUUGCAGUACCAACAGAAGUACAAGUGCCUUGAGUCCAUGUUUCGUGAAGUGAAAGCAGAAAAUUCAAACUCAACAUCAAUAGUAUCAACAUCAGAGAAAAUGGAGAAAAGCUCAAUAAGGACAAGAGGCUCAAGCUCACCAUUCAGAUGUAUUUCGAAUCUUGUUCAUCAGAUGCAUCAGGAGAAAGAACAAGAAUUAUCAGCAGCAAGGUCUCGUGUGGAAGAACUUGAAGCACUUGCAGCUAGCCGGCUAAAGGAGGUCUGCAUGCUGCAAACAAGGCUUGCUGCUGUUGAAAGCAUGACUCAUGAUGUCAUUCGAGACCUUCUAGGUGUCAAACUGGACAUUACCAACUAUGCUGAUUUGAUAGAUCAAAAUCAAAUUGUAAAAUUGUUAGAAGAUGCUCAUCAUCAAAGAGAAGAAUAUUCUGCAAAGGAAAAAGAGAACCUCAACCUGAGGCUGCAGAUUAAUGAUCUCCUUGAAGAAAGAGAAAGCUGCAUAUCGGAACUCAAAACUAAAGAGGCAGAUGUAAUUGCUGCUCAAAUUGCAGUGCAGCAACUUCAAGAGCGAGAUCAGUUGCUUUCUGCACAGAAUGAAAUGUUGAAGACGGAUAAGACCAACCUCAUGCGGAAGAUUGCAGAAUUGGAUGACAUGCUGAAAAAACUUAUUGGGAAACAAAACACCCAACAUGUUUCUCAGUCGUCAAGAAUUCAGGUACAGGGUAAGGGUGCUUUGGAUUCCAGUAACAAUGGACUCAAUAGGAGAUUUUCACAAGCUGAACGACUUUCUCGAGUUAAUGAGGAACUUGCUCGGUAUUGUAAAUCAGCUGGUAGUAAUUCACACCGCUAAAAACCAGAUUUUUCUUGUUUGAAGCUGCAGGAUUUAACUUCAACUGUACAGAUGCCGGUCUGCCUUUUGAAUUGAUUCAAACCAAAAUUGAAUCCUUCAAUUUUGUACAUUUAUAUCCUUGUGUAUUUGGUUGCAUAAAAAUGUGAGUGCAUAGAACAAGUGUAAUAUUGGCAUUUGUAAACACUUCCCCAGCCAAAUAGUGAGGGGGGAAAAAUCUGUAAUUAUUUGAAAAGGUGCAUAUAUUCACUUGCUUUGUAUUUUGUAUGCGUUCAAGAAAUUAGAGCAACGUUGUUGUCAUUGUCUUGAACACUGGGAAGUUGUGAGAAGGGAAGAGGCUUGUAAUUCAGUUUAUUCAUAGUAUAUUUGUUGAAUUCAUGCACGCCAAUUUAUCAUGUUUAAAUAAUUUUAAUUAAACAGAAGAAGACAACACUCUUCAUAAACAUGCUUGUACUGCUUUAUCUGAUAUGAACUUCUGAAACCAGAAUAGAAAUCUAUUGUUCAAGAUAACCCUUGUGACACUAGCAAAGCAACUUCUCAAAACUGCGUUCAUAAUAUUUAAUUAAAAGAUAAGUUUUGGAAUCAUAAAAAUCAAGAAAUCAAUUUUGUUCUUCAAAAAACAAAACUUAACAACUAGUAAACUUCACAAACUUUGAGGAAACAUAAUACAAACUACAAAUAAAAGUUAGUUUUGUAUUCAACAUUGAUAUAUGGUGGGUGCACAGUUACAGUUCCAAUUCCAACCUAACCAGUACUACUAUGAUACUAUCUAGAUAGAGUUUGGAGUUCAUCAAAAUGCAAAUGACAAUUCAAUUAGAUAUUUAUGGCUAUGCUUAUAAAACUUUUAAGACAGCAAAUCAUCUAGUCAAAUACUUUUGCAGAUAUGCAAAUAUACGAUUAAGUGUCUUUUAUAAGGGAU